CAGUAGAACCACGACGUCCAAUCAAAAACCGACAAAUAAAAAGUCUACAGAUAAGUAAUUUGUGUUUGUAUUCUUAUCGCAGAACCACAAUAUUAUGGCGAAUAAUUAUUAAACGAAGGGGGAAAUAACGAGAUCCCAGUGAAACUUGUAAAUAGUACGCGCGUCAUAAAAUAGAAUUAUAAUUGAAUUGGUCAGUGAAACAUAAAAAAUGGAAAGCCUACCAGUAACUCUGAUCGUAAAAGCUCCGAAUCAACAAAUUGAAGAUCAAACAGUGAAGUGCGAGCUGUCAUGGACAAUAAACAAAUUGAAACAACAUCUUUCGGAGGUGUAUCCCAGUAAACCUCCUAAGCAUGAGCAGAAACUUAUAUACUCUGGUCAAUUACUGAAUGACUCUGUGGUGCUAAAAGAUGUCUUAAGACAGUACGAAGGACAAGAAACACAUACAGUCCACUUAGUUUGCACUCCUAAACAAGAACCUACUCCGCAAAAAAGGAACAUGUCAGUCCCACCUCCAACAAAUACUCCUCAAGUGAAUAGAACCACAAGUACCUCUGAUACAAGACCGAAUGUGCAAAAUUUUGGAAACAUGGGGGUACCAUGGAUACCUGAAGGUGUACAAAUAGAUCCAAACUAUGCUGCUCAUGUGGUGGCUAUGCAGAAUGCCUAUUUCCAGUAUAUGAACCAGUACAUGCAACUUGCUGCCAAUUCCUACGGAGCCUCGCAGUUGUACCAGCCUAAUGUAGCGACACCACUCAUUCCAAACCUUCAAGUGCCCCAGGAAGCCCAGCAAAUAAACCAACAAAACGAGGAAAAUGAACCACAACAAGCACCUCCUCAAGACCAGCAAAGAGACAUAGAAAACAAUGAAAGGGAUUGGCUAGAUCAUUUCUAUGCCAUUAGUAGGCUCCUAGUGCUUUUCAGUGUUGUCUACUUCUACUCGAGCUUUCUGAGAUUUUUCUUCGUCCUUGUCUUAGGUUCAAUUAUGUAUCUAUACCAAGUAGGCCUUUUCAGGAAUGCAAAUAAUAAUAACAACAACAACAAUACAGUACCGGGAGAUCCAGGUGCGCCUCAAGAGGAACAAGCUCCCUCAAGGUUCACGCUUGUAUGGACAUUUUUUACCACAUUUUUUGCUUCUUUGUUACCUGAAGUACCAAAUGCUGUAUGAAAUUUCAGUUGAUUUCUUCAAUAUAGAAUUCGGGAUGAGAAAUUUACAAUUUCUUACGUUACUUAUCAAUUCUUAUGAAUAUUUUACAAAAAUAGUCAUUUUAUACAUUUCCAUAUUGAGGUAUUCAUAGGAACUCUAGAGGUGGUUGCCGCCAAAAUCAAAUUUCGUUAUUGUUGAAAAAAAUUUUAGAUAGUAUUCCCAGUAUUAUUAUGGUCUGGUCAAAGCGUGCCUCAAAAUUGUAAAUCAAAAGUACGAUAGACGUCAUUAAUGAGAUGGGAAAAAGCUUAAAGAAAGCCUUUCUGCUGGAUAGAAUGAUCAGAGAAUUUUUCAUUUGACACUGUCUUCAAAUAUACUUUCUUCAAUUCAUGACUGGUUCAUAUUCAAAACUACACCGUAGAACUUUUUCAUGUUUUCAAAUUUAUGUACAUGAAAGUUUUUACAGCCCCAGUGAAAAUUGUAUAGUUUAGAAUAUUUCACUAGUGCAAUUUAGAAUGAAAUUUAGAUAAAAAAUUUUGGUAAGAAACUCCUUUAUCAUUGCAGAUAAUCAUAACUUAACUCAUAGAUAGUCAAGAAGGAAUGUAACAUAAAUAACGAAUGGAAAAUAUAAACCAAUAAUCUUCCUUCUGUUUUUUAUUGUAUUUUUAUCAAUAAAAAUCACUUCAUCUCCAACUUGCUGGCUUAUUUGCAUUGUUAUAUAUUUUGUUACAUGUAGUUUUCUGCUAUCAAAUCUCCAAAAUAAUAAUACCACUCAUUUCUUUCUAAACAUAGUUAAAACAAUAAUAAUUCAUAUUAUUUGUUCUGUUGGUUGAAAUAGAAAAAUUUUCAAUAAAAAAUUGUGGACAAGCAAGCAAUAUGAAAUAACUCCAAUUUAUUCUCGUCAUUUCAAUAAUUAAAAAAUAAUAUUGAAUAAAAAUUUAGUUAACCCUUUUCUGAAAUUAUUUGUGUUUAUAAAAGUUGGCUUGCAUUGAGCGAAAUCUGUUCUAAUUGCAGAGAUUAACAUUAAUAAACUUGCAGAAAAUGAAACCUUUCUAUCAAUUUGAAUUCAUUGCAUGUGAGAUGUGGAAAAAUUGAACUUCAGUGUUCACGGUGGCCGUGUUGUUGCUAACACACCAGUUAAAAAUUUUUAGAAAAAUAACAGAAGUUAUUUAUUCCACAUGCUUUGAACUGGGCAAAGAUUAUAGCUUUGGAACUGGGUCUCAAAUGUGAAGUACUAAGUAACUUACGGAGUGUCGAGCAUAUAUCCAUAUUUUAUUUAUAUUUUAAUGCUUUUUUCAAUAUUGGAGUUUUGUGGAGUUCAAUGUAAUGGUAUAUUCAGCUUUCAAAUGUAUAUUUAACGGUAGCUUUAGGUCUUUUUGUGAUUUAUUUGAAAGAUUAUUUUAUUGACAGUUGAGUAAUAAUUAGAAAAUUUUUCGAAA